CCCUCCCACAAACGUCUUCCGUUUUCUUCUUUACGACGUUCCUUUACGUCUGUCGCACCAACACGCUGCCUCCCAAUAUGUCGCGAAACAGGCACAGGCGGGGUAAAAAGGAAAGCUCGAAGCCUCAGGGAAAAAGACCACUUCAUUUAGGAACAAAUGGCAAGAAAGACCCCGGCGUGCCGAACCUAUCACACUUUAAAGAACAAGCGAAAAAGGAGGCAGAACAGAAGAAAAAGAGAGCUGAGGAGAUGAGGGCAAAGCAGAAACUGGCACGAGACAAGGAGCUCGCAAAGAGGAGAAGCCUCGACACCUUCCAGAAGGACAUUCUCAAGCGGCAGAGGGAGUUUGAACAGAAGGAGGCUGAUCUGAAGAGCUUGGAGAAAAACGAGCAGCUGGAAAAUGAGAACUCCAGAAAAGCUUAUUAUCGAGAGUUUAAAAAGGUGGUGGAGGCAGCUGAUGUUAUUUUAGAAGUGCUCGAUGCCAGGGACCCUUUGGGUUGCCGCUGCCCACAAGUGGAACAGGCUGUGGUACAGACUGGCACGGAGAAGAAGCUGGUUCUGGUCCUGAACAAAAUAGAUUUGGUCCCCAAACCAAUCGUGGAGAAAUGGCUGAAGUACCUUCGGAACGAGUUCCCUACAGUGGCUUUUAAAGCUUCCACCCAGCAGCAAAAUAAGAAUUUGCAACAAAGCAGAGUGCCGAUCACACAGGCAUCGGAGGACCUGCUGAGCACCGGUGCCUGCGUCGGGGCUGAUUCUCUAAUGAAGCUUCUCGGGAAUUACUGCCGGAACCAGGACAUCAAGACCGCCAUAAGUGUCGGGGUUGUUGGAUUUCCAAAUGUGGGCAAAAGCAGUUUAAUCAACAGUCUGAAGAGAGCACGCGCCUGCAAUGUGGGGGCAACACCCGGGGUAACCAAGUGUCUGCAGGAGGUUCAUCUGGACAAACAUAUUAAACUUCUGGACUGCCCGGGUAUAGUCAUGGCCACGUCUACAUCCGAUGCCGCCAUGAUCCUGAGAAACUGUGUGAAGAUCGAGCAACUCAUGGACCCCGUGGGGCCGGUGGAAGCCAUUCUGAGGCGCUGCAACAAGGACCAGAUUAUGCAGCAUUACAAAGUGACCGAUUUCAGGGACACGCUGGAGUUUCUUUUCAUGCUUGCUAAACGUCAGGGAAAGCUAAGGAAAGGAGGGACCCCGGAUCACGAUAAAGCAGCCAAAUCUGUGCUGACGGACUGGGUGAGCGGUAAAAUCAGUUACUUCACCCACCCGCCGGAGACGCACACCCUGCCGACACACAUCAGUGCCGAGAUCGUCACAGAAAUGGGGAAGGCCUUUGAUUUUGAAGCGCUGGAAGCAGACAACAACGAGUGUCUAUCAAAGGUGCAGUCUGCACCCCAAGGCAUAGCCAUGGAAACUUCUGGGCUGACGACCGCAGGAGGACAGGACGUGGCAGAUGUAGAAUUAGAAGAAUCCAGCGAGGAGACUGAAGCACCUCUGGAUUCCAUGGAGGAAGAUGUGGAUGUAGAGUUUGGCCCAAUGACUGUAGAAAUCAAACACACCAAAAGCAAACCUCAAACAGAAACUGAGCGGGUCAUCCCCAAAGCACCAAACCUGCGGGAGAUCAGCUCGGUGGAUCCUCUGCAGCAAGGACAAGCUCUCCACGCUGCCAGCAAGAAGAGGAAAAAGCUCCAGAAAAGAGCAAAUAAAAUUGCCACCAAACUCUCAGACUCGCUAACGCUGGCAAUGAAUUUUGGCUUUUCUGAUGACUGAACGAGACGUAAUCAACACAAUUUCAACGGAAGCAGACAAGAUAUUUUCCUACCUAGUGCUAUGUUAAGUUAUAUAUUAUAUAUAAUUACAUGCUAUGGACUGUUCACAGGGUAGACCUGGUAAUACAGAACUUAAUCCACCAAAA